UCUUCAUUUCCUUCUCACCUUCACCGUCAUCUCGUUAUCUCUCAGCGCCUAGUAUGCGCCCUUUGUAUUAUGACCAUCAACAAUCCAACCCAAUUAAUAGACGAAUUCAAAAAAUCAGGCGAAUUUGACCGUCUGAGACGUGAUCUCCUAUCACAUUUCCAGCACAGUGACCGCACAGAGGCCUUCAAAUCUCGUGUCGAUGAUAUAGCCCGACAACGGCUGUCAUCUGACCCAAAACUAAUAUCUAUGCCCAAUGAUGCUAUCCAGCGUGAACUUUUAGGAGAAAUCGACCGGUUCGUCCGCUUGUUGCCGCUCGCCGACGCUCCUUUGUUAUCUGACCCAUCCUUCCUCGCUGGCAUAACUGCUUCACUGGAACGCACCAUGUCGGCAGGCAAAAACGAAAAGAACAAUGCUACUCCAAGCCAAACGACGCCAAACCUGCAACCAUGUGAUUCGGGCAAUCCCGAUUUCAGUACAACUAAUAACGCUCUGACACCUUCGGCGGUCCAGAAAGAGUGAAUCUGACCAACGCAGCCCUGGCAUCUCUAUGUAGUCUGACUGGACACCCUACAAGCUAUUUAUUCAUCCUUGAUUUAUUUAUUUAUUACAAGAAAUUAUUUGCGGUUGGGAGACUAACAAUCAAUAUAGAAUCAUUAAGCUCCAAGAAAUGA